AUGCCUACUAACUAUAUUACUGGGCCAACCCCAAUUAAUGGAGUUUCUCCAUCUUGCGGUAACUCUGCUUCUGUUGAAACUCAGGGAGCAACUUUAACCGCCUGUGUUGGUGCUAUGCCUUCAUCUGACGAUGCUAAUAGCCAUGCCACGAGCGGUGUCGGAAGUCAGGCCAGUUUGGCUGGUCUCGGUUUAGACUUAGAAAGGUGGUACCAUGGCGCGAUUCAGCGCAACUAUGCCGAGUAUCUUUUAAACAGUGGAAUUACCGGCAGUUUUCUUGUUCGUGAAUCUGAGAGUCAUCCUGGACAAUUGACCAUUAGUCUCAGACACGAAGGCCGCAUAUAUCACUACCGUAUAAACAGAGACGACACCAACAAGGUAUGGCAUUCUUAA